UUGAGGAUAUAGUUGUCAUCUUUACUUUGGAAGAGUGGGCUUUGCUGGAUCCUUCUCAGAUGAAACUCUACAGAGAUGUAAUGGAGGAAACUUUCAGGAAUCUGGUCUCUAUAGAACAAGCACAGGAAUGCCAGAAUAUUGAAGAUAACCACAAAAUUUCCUGGAGACUAAGCUAAUUUCCCCUUCCAAAUUAAAGAGAAAUUACUCAAGAAUAUAGGACUAAACCAGUCAUGAUGGCACCCACCCUUAAUCGCAGCACUCCAUACACAAAGGCAGGCAGAUGUCUAAGAAUUGUAGACUAGCCCCCAUUUACAUAGUAAGUUCCAGGUCAGCCAGAGCUACAUGGUGAAAUCAUGUCUUAAAACACAAGAGACAAGACAAAGUUUAAUUCCCAGCACCCACUUGGUGGCUCACAAACCUUUGUAACUCCAGUUCCAGGGAAUUCAAUGCAUUCUUCUAGGACCAGGAAAGAAGAUGGUAUACAACCAUAGAGGAAAGCAACAUACCAUACACAUAAAAUAAAAAUAAGUCUUUAAAAGUUUUUUUUUUGUUUUGUUUUGUUUUUUGGUUUUUUUUUUGAGACUGGGUUUCUCUGUAUAACAGCUUUGGAUGUCCUGGAACUUACUUUGUAGACCAGGCUGAACUCGAACUCAGAGAUCCGCCAGCCUCUGCCUCCUGAGUUCUGGGAUUAAAGGCAUGUACCAACCACUGCCUGGCUAAAAGUUUCAAAAAUACACUAAUAUAUAUGCAAAUAUUUCAAAAUCCAAAAUAGUGGUGACCAAAGCAUUUUGCAUAAUGCAUUCUCAAGUGCAUUUAACUCUGACAUAAAGCAGCAGAUAUGGGGCUUUUUAAGCAGCUCAACUGAGACCUUCAGAGGUAGGACUCAGAGGCUUUCAGUCUGAGGAAACAGGAUCAGCUGAGGAGUUUGUGAGGUCUCACUAGCCAGUCGACCUGCCAGUCAGAAGUGGUACAAGGUCCUUCCAGCAGCCAGCUUCAGGCUUGACUUUGAAGAGAAGGCACCAGUGGUUUUGUGUGGUCUGCUGCAAGUGCAGGGAGCUGAACAGAGAGCAUGGACAAGCUGGGAAAUCAUAACAUGAAUGCAGUGACCUAUGAUGAUGUUCAUGUUGACUUCACUUGGGAAGAGUGGACUUUGCUGGAUCCUUCCCAGAAGAAUCUCUACAAAGAUGUGAUGCUGCAGACCUAUUGGAACCUCACUACUAUAGGAUACAGUUGGGAAGACCAUAAUACUGAUGAACAUUGUCAAAGUUCUAGAAGAAAUGGAAGGCAUGAAAGAAGCCAAACUGGAGAGAAAACUUCUGUAUAUAUUCAGUGUGGUAAAGCCUUUGCAUAUGAGAGUCAUCUUCACAGGCAUGAAAGAACACAUACUGGAGAGAAACUCUUUGAAUGUAAUCAGUGUGGUAAAGCUUAUGCUCAUCACAGUAGUCUUCAGAUGCAUAAGAAAACACAUACUGGAGAGAAACCCUAUGAAUGCAAUCAAUGCGGUAAAGCCUUUGUUCGUCACUGUAGUCUUCAGGUGCAUAAAAAAACACAUACUGGAGAGAAACCCUAUGAAUGCAAUCAGUGUGGUAAAGCCUUUGCACAGCAUGGUCAUCUUCAAAGGCAUGAAAGAACACAUACUGGAGAGAAAUUAUACAAUUGUAAUCAGUGUGAUAAAGUCUUUUCAAAACACAUUAGUCUUCAAAUACAUAAAAGAAGACAUACUGGAGAGAAACCUUAUGAAUGUAACCAAUGUGGUAAAGCCUUUGUUCAUCACAAUAUUCUUCAAAGGCAUGAAAGAACACAUACCAGAGAGAAACCCCAUGAAUGUAGUCAAUGUGGUAAAGCCUUUGUAUCUCAGAGUCAUCUUCAAAUGCAUGAAAGAACACAUACUGGAGAGAAACCCUAUGAAUGUAUUCAACGUGGUAAAGCCUUUGUACAACAGAGUCAUCUUCAAAUCCAUGAAAGAACACAUACUGGAGAGAAACCGUAUGAAUGUAUUCAAUGUGGUAAAGCCUUUGCACAGCGUGGUAAUCUUCAAAUGCAUGAAAGAAUACAUACUGGAGAAAAAACUAUGAAUGUAAUUAAUGUGGUAAAGCAUUUGUAUCACAGUCAUCUUCAAAUGCAUUAAAGAACACAUACUGGAAAGAAACCCUAUGAAUACAAUCAGUGUGGUUAAACCAUUACAUACACAGCCAUCUUCAAAUGCAUGAAACAACGCAUACUAGAGAGAAACCCUAUGAAUGUAUUCAAUGUGGUAAAGCCGUUGCAUAUCACAGUCAUCUUCAAAUGCAUAAAAGAACACAUACUGGAGAGAAACCCUAUGAAUGUAAUCAGCGUUGUAUGUAUCAGUAAUCUUUGAAAUAAUGAGAAAAAGUCAUAUUGCAGAAAAACACUAAAAAUAUAGUCAGUGUGAUAAAGUUUUGCACUUUACACAAGAGUAAAAUUUUUGUGUGCAUUGACUCUCUUAAAGCCUUUGCUUAUCACAAUAGACUUUGAGUACCUGAAAAUGAUACUGAGGGCUAUUUAUUAUAAUGUAUUUAGUAAAAUCUUUAGCCACCACACUUAUAGUCAGUUACAUAACAGUGUUUAUUCUGUAGAAAAAAAUUGACAGUGUCAACAAACUGUUCAAGCAUUAUGAUGUCGGUUUUUAUAUUGUUUGCACCAGCUAUCUCAUGGGAAAAAAAAACAAAUUUAUGAAGCAUUAUGUGUAGGGUAAAAGAGCCAGCUAAAGAAACACACCCUUCAACUAGAGCUAAUGAAACAUACUUUGUCCCUGAUUCCAAAGCUAGUGAAAGAUACACUGUGGCCCUGAAAACAGAGCCAUAAUUUUAAGAAGAGCCAAGUGAAAGAAACACACUUUGUCCCUGAAACCACAGCCAAUGAAACACACUCUAGCUUUGACCAGCUGAGCAUAAAACCAACCAAUCCAUGAGCAUGAAAUCCAGCCAAUCUCUGAGCUUAUUCAAGCACAGGGAUUGAAAUCCAACCAAUUCCCACCCCAAAAAUCUUCUCCCUAGAAAAACUCUGCCCCUAAGAAACCCCAUAUAAGCCUUGUUCACGUUCAGUUGGCUGCUGCCCUUUUCCACACUGGCAGAGACAGACUCUCUCCUGGAUUCCUCCCUCCCCAGUAAAUAUCUUGAGUGAGUUUUGAGUGAAGACAUCCUUUUGUCCAAGUGGAUCAGAAUAUCCCUAGUGGAUUGGAGCAGAGAAGCAAUGGACACCUCUUCUAGGAAACUCCCUUAGGUGAGUGGAGCAGAGCAGCAACAGACAUCUCUGCUAGGAACCUCUCUUAACAGAGUUGAGCAGAGCCCAGCUGUAAGGGCUGUCUCUCAGAGAGAAGCAGGAUUGCUCAUCCUGUAGGGAUAUCAUCCCCCACUGGAACACAGCUUCUGGUUUAGCCUGACUUCCUGUCAGGAUAGCUUUCUCCUCACAGCUGUAAUUAUAUAGGAUACCUUCCAUUCACAGCUGAAAGUAUAGUCUAACUUCCUACAGACAGGGUACCAUUCCUUCCAGAGCUGUAACACUUGCACGGUGAAUUUAAACAAUAACAUAACCCUUUCAGAUCUUAUACUUGUCUUAAAUCGCAUGGAAUAACUAAUUCAGGUGUAAAACUUUAUGAAUUUGUAUUAGUUCCUUUUCUGUUAUGAUAUAAUGUCUAGGUCAACUUAUAAAAGAGUUUAAUUUGGCCCUUAAUACCAGAGGGAUACAGAAUCACCAUGAAAGUGGCAUGGCAACAACUGUCAGAUGUGGCAGCUAAAGCAGGAAGCUAAGAACUCAUAUCCUUACCUGGCAGCAUGAAGCAAAGAGUGGGACCUGGAAAUGUGUGGAUGUAAAUUCUCUAAGCUGGUAGGCCCAGUAACAUAUUUCCUGCAGCAGGGCAGCAUUUCCUAAUUCUUUCCAAAUGAAACCACCAAUUACAAGGAUUGGUUUCUCAGACUCCAUGCCUACAUACUUGCUUUUGGUUACAUAAAACAAUUCAUGAUGAAGAAAAACUAUGUAAUAAGCCAUUAGGUGCUUCAAUACCUGUAUUACAAGAACAAAUGCUUACAAGAGAAAAACUUUCAUGAAUGAAAAAUUGUUUUUCUAAAGAGUUACUUUAAUUGUAAUUAUGUGAUGUCAGUGUUUGUUUUUGUGGGUGUGGGAAUGUGCAUGUUGUUCCUGAGAACAUUAAACCCUUGGAUCUUUUUGUAGCAGGAAUUAUAGGAAGUUGUCAAAAAUCAGACCUUGGUCCUGGUAAUGAACAUUUCUUAACUGCUCAGCCAUGUCUUUAGUGCUGUAAAUAUUUUAAAAACUAUUUAUAUCAUUUUGAAGUGAGGAAAUGGGAAUAAACUCAUACAAGAGAAAAACCCUAUUCAUGUAAAUAAUUUGGUAAAGACUCUAGACAUCACAGUUGUCUUCAGCUUCAAGAACAAAAAUCACAUUUCAUUUGUUUUUCAUUGUAGCCUUGAAGGAAGUAAAUUACUUACCAUGUUCACUUAAGACAUAUGGUUGAGAUUACUGCAUUGUAGUUUCUAUUUUGAAACAUUUGAGGUAGAUAUUCAAGUGUGCUCUAUGUGUGGCAAAUCCAUUUAGUGAAGUUUUAUUUUGUUUUCUUUAUAUUCCUUCUGUUGCUUUUGUUCAUGUUUUAUUGUGCUUUCUCUUAGUGAUAGGUAUUUUUCUUCUGUAAUGUAUAGAAUGGGAUCCCCAUCAUCUAAGUGGUCCAUUCUUUAUUUAAAUAUCAGGCAGUGUGUGAUUAUACUUUUCAAGUAAGGGUGUCUAUGAAAAGGUGGUGGGUUGUCAUUCCUGGUUUUGUUUUUCAUAUUUUCACAUAUACCCUUGUAAUUUUGUUGUUUGUUAUUCAUCCUGGUUUGGAUGUCAGUAAUGAUUCAGGGAUUCAUUGCAACUCAUAAUCCUCAUGUGUCUGUUUCCAGAAUACAAGUCUAAGAUUAGAUGAUGUACUCCCAAUGUGUGCUGUUUUGUCAACACAGUUUUACAAUGUUAAUGUUAAAAUACUUAAUAGAAGAAAAUAUAAGAAACAUUAAAUGCCUCAUUAUUGGGGGGGGGGAAGAAGCAGAUAUGGUGACAUGCCUGAAAUCUCUGGUGGUUAGUCUGGCAGGGAAGGUGGUGAGUUUAUAUUAUAUGAGGACCUCACCUCAAAAUUACUAAGGCCUGGAGAGAUAGCUUAGCAGUUAAGAGCACCCACAUCUCAUAGUCCACAUCCAGUGCCCUUUUCUGGCCUCCACAAGAACUGAACUUAUAUGCACAUACACAUAAUUUAAAUAUGAAAGUAAAAUCUUUAAAAAUAAUAAUAAAGUACUCAAUGUUUAGAAAAUAAUUAACUUGAUAAAAGUACUAAGAAACUCCAUACAAGUACCAGUAUCUCAAUAUUGGUUUUCUUAUAGGUUACCUACAUUCUUCUUUAAAAAAUCCCAAACUGCAUAAAACCAGCAAUCCUUCUUCUUGAUUAUGAAUUAUAAACAAAACUUUUAUUUGUGUGUGUUAUAUGUACAUGAAUAUGUGGGUGUGUAUGCCAAUGCAAAAGUCAAAGCAAAACAUCAGACUCCUCCAUCAGUCUCUGUCUUAUUUCUUCAAGACAGUGUCACUAAAUCAGAAGCUCACCAAUUUGCCUAGGUGAGUAGGCUGGUGAGCUCUCAGGAUCUGUCUCCACCCCCAACUGCUAGGCUAUGCCUAGCUUUUACAUGGAUGCUGGAGAUUUGAACUUAGGUCUUUAUGCUUGCAGUGCAAGCACUUUUAACCACCAAGCCAUUUCCCUAGCCCCAAACAAAAUUUUAGUAAUUUGCUUUCUCUUUUCUACAGAAGUGAAGUGGUUGGUGCACAGUCUGGGUAAACAUAAAGGUAGUGAAUGUGGAAAAAUCUUCAGCCAGAUUGUAGGCUCAGUUGUGAACAAGAAAACUUUUCCUGGAGUAAAAAAGACAUGAGCAUGAAGAUAUGCUUAUUGGUGAUUCAUCCCAAAGUGUACCUAUUAGUGUGCAUACUGGACACAAACAUCAUAAAUAUAAGCUAUGUUGCAGAGGUCUCUAUAAAGUUAAGGAAUGUAGGAAAGCUUUCAUUUAUCCCAAAUGCAUUCUGAAGCAUGAGAGUACUUCUGGUGAGGAGAACAUCUAUGAAUAUAAGCAAUGUGAGAAAGCCUUCCAGAAUCAGAGCUACAUUCAAAUACAUUUGAAAAUU